AUGUACAAUAAUGUUGGACUUAACGUAGCUCGCAAAGAUCUUGAAGAACAGCUUUUUGAAGCUGUGAAAUCUGGCAAAACUACAUAUGUGAUCGGGGACAUCAAUGCGAGAGUCGGUGAGGAAACUGGAUACAUCGACAGUGAAUGGGAAGAGCAUGUAGGUGAGAUAAGAAGAUCGCAGGACAAAACUAUUAAUACUGAAGGUAGGAAGCUGCUGAAGAUAUGUGAGGAAUGGGGACUGUACAUUGCAAACUGA